GGAAGCGAAUGGCGGCUGCGCGUUUGGCCUUGUUGUCGCUGGUGCUGUGGGCCGCGGCGGCGACGACGACGGACAAGAGCACGUCCGCCGAGGCCGCGACGACGCCACUAGGCCCCAAAAGCCCCGGCCACCAGCCGGCGCUUCCCCCCGCCGGGCCCAGCAAGGCCUCCAAAGCGUUGCCGCCGCCGCCGCCGCCCCCUUCGGGCUUCGGGCUGCCGGCGCUGCACCGCGCGCUCUACGUCCUCGCCGGCGUGGCCGGCAUCGGGCUCCUCUACUACCUCGGAGGACGCGCCCUGAGGACGAGGAAACCGCCGCGGAAAAAGUACGGCCUCCUGUCCAACUCUGACGAUCACAUGGAGAUGGGUUCUGUGGAGAGCGACGAAGACACAGUCUUCGAAACGAGGCGUCUGAGACGGUGAUGAUGGGACCAAUACCACGACCAGAGAAGGUGCAGAGCUGCCAUCAGAAGCUCCCUUUCUCGACUCACUGUUUACUGUUUUAUUUUUU